UAAUUUCUUAGCCUUUUGAUAAAUAUUUUUUUGUUAAAAAGCUCUACUCCACUGCGACUCUUCCCUUUCUCUACACGCUAAGCAGUUGUAAUCCUUUUUAACUAAUGAAAAACAUUUGAUUAGCACUGUAGUGUUGUUCUUGCUUUACUAUGGAUUUCCACUAUUACUAGCUUUGCUACGGAUCUGCUGAUUGUUCAUUGUUUCACGAGAUCUCUUCACUGUUAACUCGCUUUGAUAGACAAUGGCGUUGAGGCGGGGACUAUCGAGUUCAAGUGUGGCUGUACAAAGGAACAGAAGUUCUAGAUCUCGAUUGCCUAUUGCCAUUCUUGUUUUCUUCUCAGUUCUCGCGCCACUUGUCUUCUUUGUCGGUCGAGGGCUUUGUAUUUCUGAUCAAAAUGGUUCCCAAAGUGGUUUUAGCGAACAGACUGUUUAUUGGAGAGAAAGGUCAGCUCGUCAAUCUGUCAAAAACCUUUUCACUAAGGAGGUUAUUGAUGUUGUAACUACAAGCAUGGCUGAUUUGGGGCCACCGAGUCUUGAUUCUUUUAGAAAAGGCAAUUUGUCUGCUUCGUGGAAAGUUGUUGGGGUGGAGACUUCGGUUGAGGAUAAUGCUGUUUCAAAGAUUCUCUCAUCUUCAAACCAAAAGGCUACUGACUUGAAACAAGAAACGUCUCAAGAUAAAGUGGGAAAUUUUCUAGAUGAUGAUCAUACACACGAUACACCUGCUAAAAUACUUCGAAGGCAACUUAGGGAUGAUAGGCGUGAGUGGCAAGCUGCUGAAUUGGUGCAACAAGACGAGAAAGCUACUGUUACACUUGAAAAUGCUGCCAUUCAACGAUCCAAAGCUGUGGACUCUGCAGUUCUGGGCAAAUACAAUAUAUGGAGGAGAGAAAAUGAGAAUGAUAAGUCUGAUUCCACAGUGCGCUUGAUGAGAGAUCAAAUUAUAAUGGCUAGUGUUUAUGUAAGUAUAGCAAAGAUGAAAAAUAAGCUUGACUUGCAACAAGAACUGCAGAUCAAGCUGAAAGAGAUACAACAUGACUUAGGAGUGUCAACAUCUGAUUCUGAUCUGCCUCAUAGUGCACCUGAGAAAAUUAAAGCAAUGGGUAAAAUUCUAUCCAAAGCAAGAGAACAACUGUAUGAUUGCAAGUCAGUUAAUGGAAAGCUCAGAGAAAUGCUUCAGGCAUCAGACGAACAAGUUAGGAGAUUGAAAAAACAGAGCACGUUCCUGAGUCAAAUAGCUGCCAAAACAAUUCCCUAUGCAAUCCAUUGCUUGUCGAUGCGUUUGACCAUAGAAUACUAUCUCCUCCCCCUAGAGAAGAGAAAGUUCCCUAGAAGUGAGAAUUUGGAAAAUCCUAAUCUCUACCAUUAUGCUCUCUUCUCUGAUAAUGUCUUGGCUGCAUCAGUUGUUGUCAAUUCAACUAUCAUGAAUGCCAAGGAUCCUUCAAAACAUGUUUUCCAUCUUGUUACCGAUAAACUUAACUUUGGAGCAAUGAACAUGUGGUUUCUGUUGAAUCCCCCUGGAAAAGCCACCAUUCAUGUUGAAAAUGUUGAUGAAUUCAAGUGGCUUAAUUCAUCCUAUUGCCCUGUCCUACGCCAGCUUGAGUCUGUUUCAAUGAAGGAGUAUUAUUUCAAGGCAGAUCAUCCAACCAUAUCUGGAUCUUCAAACUUGAAGUAUCGAAACCCGAAGUAUCUCUCAAUGCUUAAUCACUUGCGGUUCUAUCUGCCCCAGGUUUACCCCAAGUUAGAUAAGAUCCUCUUUCUUGAUGACGACAUUGUUGUCCAGAAAGACUUGACUGGAUUAUGGUCUGUGGAUCUCCAUGGAAAGGUGAAUGGUGCGGUAGAAACUUGUGGUCAAAGCUUUCAUCGUUUUGACAAGUAUCUAAACUUCUCCAAUCAUCAUAUUUCACAAAACUUUGACCCUAAUGCUUGUGGUUGGGCAUAUGGAAUGAAUAUGUUUGAUCUCAAGGAGUGGAAAAAAAAGGAUAUCACUGGCAUAUACCACAAGUGGCAAAAUAUGAAUGAAGAUAGAGCAUUAUGGAAGCUUGGGACACUUCCUCCGGGGUUGAUCACAUUUUAUGGUCUAACACAUCCUCUCGAGAAGUCAUGGCAUGUACUUGGUCUCGGCUACAAUCCAAGUGUAGACAAGAGAGAAAUCGAACAUGCAGCAGUUGUUCACUACAAUGGCAACAUGAAACCAUGGCUGGAUUUGGCUAUGACAAAAUAUCGACCUUACUGGACCAAGUACGUCAAGUAUGAUCAUCCCUACCUUCGCAACUGUAACUUCAGUGAAUGAAGGUGAUUAGGUGUGGCAUUAUGUUUUUCUACUUUUUCUUCUCGCUCUCUAUUCCACAUUGUUUAUUCUUCUUUGUAUUUCAUUAAAUUCAUUCCUUAAGUGCUCAUCCCAUUUGAACGGGUUAAUGAAUUGUAUGCAAUGUUGACCUUUUAAGACACCCUUGAUUU